AAGGCAUUUCCGUUUGUGCUGUCGUCGGUUGGGGCGCCAACAUGGCGGUGGGGAAAGGAGCAAUGGGGUUCGGGCGCUGCUGGGUGUGGCUGCUGGCGGCGUGGCAGGCGGCAUCAGGAUAUGGAGCAGAAUUAUCAUCAGAGGCCUGCAGAGAGCUGGGCUUCUCCAGUAACUUGCUGUGCAGUUCUUGUGACCUUCUUAGCCAGUUUGGCUUAAAUCAGCUAGAGGAAUUCUGCAGAAAGUGCUGCCAAGAAGAAGCCCAGUCUGAAACCAGAAAGCUCUAUGCAGGGGCAAUUCUUGAAGUGUGUGGAUGAAAAUUGGGGAGGUUCCCUCAAGUCCAGGCUUUUGUCAGGAGUGACAAGCCCAAACUGUUCAGGGGACUGCAGAUCAAGUACGUACGUGGUUCUGAUCCUGUACUGAAGCUCUUGGAUGACGGUGGGAACAUUGCCGAAGAACUGAGUAUUCUCAAAUGGAAUACAGACAGCGUAGAAGAAUUCUUAAAUGAAAAGCUAGAGCGCCUCUAAAACAAAACAAAAAAAAUCUUGAUUAUUAUGUUUUGUGUUUUUUAAAGUUUUUAUUUCUCACAUCAUUUUCCAUCAUGGUAAUCUUCUCAGACAAAGUGUGAUAAACCCCGGAAAUCAUUCCAGCUUCUGCAUUAAUUUCAGAGCCAUCCCAUACUGUGUGGUGCUCAACAUCUUUUAAUUAGGAGCUGAAAGCUUCAAGCACAGCACAUUUGACAAAUUGGCAGGCUGAACAAAUGGCCUUUCCUGGUACAUUUCAGCUCAUCUUAGUGGAUGGAUAUCAUUAAUGAAAUGCUUUGAGACAAAUGUAAUGCAAAUACUGAAAUUUGUAAUAAUUGGGCCAUUUAUUUUUACAGGCAAAGCCUUAUUUGUCAGCUCCCAAUAAUUGAGAUGAUUACUCUGCUUUUUUAUUUUUUUAAUACGCUGCCACUCUUUGUACAGCCAUGGGAAGUUGGAGCCAAAUAAUAUGUUCUCUGCCUCCCAAAGAGACAUUGGUUAGCAUCUUUGCAUUUUGUAUUUCCCAGCUGUCCUUUUUAUAGAACCGUUAUUUGCAAUACUCGUAAUGAAUGCCUGCUCUGGAAGAAGAAGAAAAAAAUCAUUUGUAGUCUUGUUCUGAUGGUGGAACUCGUGAUCUGCAGUGACUGAAGAAUGCUAGGGGAAUGCACUUUAAUGAUGACUACAUCUAAAACCUUUAACAAAAGGCUUGUGUAGGUCUGAGGUCAGGUGCACUUUCUUGGCACAGUUUAACCUUCAUUCAACAGACAUGAGUUCCCUGGAGGGGAAAAAGUUGGAGAGGGCAAUAAAAUCUGUAUCACAAAAUC